UUUGUGGCCAUUAAUAGAAAAUUUUCGAGGGGAGCGCUCAAAUCACCAGCCCAAAGGGAGAAAAACACUGCAGAAGCACCAAGUGCCUCGCCACUUCUUCUUCCACCGCCCAUAUACCUCUUUCAUUUCUCGCUUUUCAUGGAUGUUACUGCAUUCUUUGUCUUUGCCUUUGGCUCUUCUUAAUUCUCUCUAAUACUAUUUUCUCUGCAUUUUCCCAUCUUAUCCAAAUCUCAAUUCCAUUCUUCAUCAUCUUGAAGCGUUUUUCUUCACCUUGCCCUCGGUUGUUGAGGCCCACGUGGGCUUGCCCUCGCCAACUCUCAGCUUUGUGGUGCAAUUCUUCCGAGUUGGUGAUUCUGGGCUUUCUGACAUCUGAUUCUGUUUCUUUUGCUUCUGGGGUCUUGGAUUCCGGUUCAUAGAUUGAUUGAAACACAAGUUAUUUGGGUGAUAUGCAGUCUCAUCAGCUACAUAACCCACUGGAGGUUGUGCAUUCUCUGGACCAAGAAAUAGGCCCCAGUGAUAAUGCCAGUGACCCAAAUGUUAAGCCAUUCUCUUUGAGGCAAUAUGUCCAUGCCACUCGUGAAAGGGAUAUUUCUCUCAAUUGGCCAUUUCCAGAGAGAUAUCUAAAAACCUGUCUAAAGCAUGGCAUCAUCAAUGUGUUGCCACCCCUUGAAUCCCAUGAUCCAACUAAGGAUCAAUCACUCAGAAAAGAUGUGGGUUUAAGUUGUUCUCAAGAAGAGAAAGCUACUGAUGUUUCAGUCCAGAAUAAUGUGACAAGCAUCAAUAAGGAUUUAAGCUGUUCUCAAGUAGAGGAAGGAAAUGUUGUUUCCACCCAAAACACUGUUAUGAAUACCAGUGAGGAUAAAAUUAACAAAGCUAGUUGCAAUUUAUACUUUGAUGAAUCAGUUGCAGGAGUUUCCAGGGAAGUCUGCCAGUCUCUCUCUAACAGUAGGUUCAAGUGCGGAGAAGACAACCAACUUAGUCCUGAUACUGUUCUUGAGCCCGUAGUUGUGGGAAUUCAAUCAUCAACUACUGCACCAAGUUUGCAUUCCCAAGAUGGCCACAGCACUGAAGCACUGACUUCCCCUAAGAGGUUCAGGCACAAACAAAGAAAACGUAAGAGGAAACUUAAGAAACGAUCAAUGGUUGAAAUCUGUGCUGUGGCAAAGCAUCGCACUUUAGAGGACCUGGAGAAGAGUUACAGGUUGGGCUGUGAUUCAGUGACACCCCAGGAGAUUUUUGGUGAAGAAAACGUGCAAAUGACUCAUGUUGAUCAUGGUUGCAAACUGGAACUAACUGAGGACUGCUCAGAGAAGAAGUAUCAAAGCAAUCAUGAUGCAGCUGCAGAUGAAAUGUUAUCAAGCAAAAGAAAGCGAGAAGUAAAGUUCAAGUUCAGCAGAUGCAAACCUAAGUCAUGGGACAAAAAAUUCAAGUUGUCUAAAGUAGCUGACAUAAAGGAUCCAGGAAGCUCAGCAGCCAAAUCUACAGCGAACUAAUUCUAUGUCAAACCUAAUUUUCAAAGAUGCAGCUCAAGCUGAAAGAAUAUAGGAAGUCCAUGAAGAAUGGGGCAUGCACCUUGUGGCCAAAGGAUUAACAAAUAAAUUUAAGAAGUGGAAAGAAGCAUGGAGAUUACAGAAGCAGCUGUGAGAGGAAAGAGAUGCAUAAUUCAUCUAUGGUUUUGUGUUUGGAUUCUGGGAAAUAGACUUUAGUUUCAGAUGAUGCCAUAACUAGUAUUUAACACCUUUUUCUUCCCUUUUUCUAAGAUCAACAUAUUUGUAGGAUGAUUAAAGCAGCAGCAAUGUUUAGGUCAAUGCAGGACGAAUAGAGAAUAUGGAGUUUAGUCUCUCAGUUGGA